UGUUUUAAAUCUUCCCUAAAGUCUCGUCUAGGCCUACGUGUGGGGGGUAGGGGAUACAAAGGCAGCCGGCCGACCGUGCUAUCCUCUUACUCGAUCUUGGACAGUUCCCGUCCGCUGGGGGGGCGAGGGGGGAGUUACUUCCCCAUUUGUUGUAUCAGUGGCGCACGUGUGUGCUGGCGUUGAGCAAGCUGUUGCAAUGCGGAACCAACGUCGACUGGACGUCACUACCCUCUCUCUGUGUUGCGCGCGUCUCUCUGUCUCUCUGUGUGUGUGUCUAUGGCGAUCUUCGCGUCUUGAGUCCACCAGCGUGCUGUAAUUAAUCAGCCGGGUUCACUCUCUGUCUGUGUCUCUGUGUGUGUCUUUGUGUGUGUGUCUCUGUGUGUGUCUCUGUGUGUGUCUCUGUGUGUGUGUCUCUCUCUGUGUGUCUCUGUGUGUGUGUCUGUGUGUCUCUCUCUGUGUGUCUCUGUGUGUGUCUCUCUGUGUGUCUCCACGAGUUAAUCGGCAACAGCAGCGGCUUCUCGCCGGUGGCAACUUUGCGAGGUCUGGGAGACACCGCAAGAUCAGAAAGCCCCUUUGCGGUAUCUAGAAAGGAACCGGUGAGAGACCACCAGCGAGAUGUCAUACGGUGCCAUCAGGGAGGGACAAGAUGCCCUGCUCGAUCCUCAUGGCCAGGAGUCCCAAGCAGAAGAGUUCCGGGAGCUCUCCCAAGAGAUCAGCAAGAAUAUCUUCCAGAUUAAUGGAAGUGUGUCCGCGCUGGAUAAACAGCUGCAGAAGCUGGGAGCAGCUUCGGACAGCAGAGACCUGCGGCAGCAGCUGCACAACAACCAGCAGCGGAGCAACCAGCUCAUCACAGACACCGCCUCAUCGCUCCGCCACCUUGCCAAUCUCGCCAGAAAAUCCACCAAGCAAGAUCGGCUGCAGCUUGACCGCCUCAAGAGCCAGUUUUCAGAAACGCUGAGAAGCUACCAGCAGACACAGAAGAAAAUUUCCCAGAAAACAAAAGAGGUCAUCAGCAGCGAGCAGCGAGCGGCCAUCCAGAGUUCCCAGGAUGAGCACGGCUGGGAUAGCAAGAAGAUGGUGUCAGCCGAGUCGACAGAGGAGCAGCUGACGCACAAGGACCUGGAGGACAUUCAAGUGCGGCAUGAAGCCAUUCAACAACUGGAGAGCGAUCUGCUCGAUGUGAAUUCCAUUUUCAAGGACCUCGCUGCCAUGGUCCACGAACAAGGCGGCACUGUCGACAGCAUAGUUCAUCAUGUGGAAAGCGCAUCUUCGAACGUGGAGGGAGCUAAUGAGAAUCUCAUAGCGGCCAGCAAACACCAGGCGAAGUCUCGCAAGAAGACCUGUUUCAUUAUUAUAGGUGCCAUUGUGGUGUUGGGCAUCAUAGGCUUGAUAAUUGGCCUGACUGUCAAAAAAUAAUCUCCCCCCUUAAGUUGCUGCUGAUGCUUAUUCUUCUCUGGAAAAUUAAAGAUACAAUGUUUGUAAAGUACUGUACCUUCUGACAACAUGUGUGUUGAACUUCUUUCGCACCAUACGUAGCCAACCGCGCUAAUCGGAGGUGCGGGGGAAGGACAACAAACUAAACACAAAAAGCAGUUUUGAAGAAAUGAGUUUUGAAUCUAGAUUUUUUUUUCAAGUGCAUAGCUCCACAACCAAUGUUACGAUUCGUAAUUAUUAUUUUGGGGUAACAUGCCAAUGUGUUGUACACCCUCCUCCACCCGACAAAGUCACGUGAACAAAUGCACCAAUGUAAUCAACGCUUCAGCAGUACCUCCGGUGCUUUGGAGUGCAACAUGUCGUGGAUUGCUCUCUGCCACAACGGCGACACGUGACGGCAUUAUUUAUUGGGCUGUGUCGGGUGAAGCAGGUUAUGCGACACACGGCAUUAGUGCUCGCGUGGCGAUCUGACCCAAAACAUGAAUUAUGAGUCAAAGUUAAAUCUAGAUUUGAAGUUUUCGUGACUGCAGGGAUCCAUACUCUUUGGUUAUUUCGGUAACGUCACGUAGGUAGAAAAUAAAAUAAAUUAAAUCACGACGUUUCGGGCGCAAGGCAAGCGUCCGUCAUCAGGCGGGACAACCACAGCAAGAAACAAUUUCUGAAGUGGGUUUCCUCCAGCAAAACGUGCUUGGAGGCUUAUCAAUAAGAUGACACGAUACGUUGGAAUUGUAUACUGCUUAUUUUUUUUGCAAUGCCUUGUCUUCGGAUAUUAUGACAAAAA